UGUUUCUGUUUGCAUGCAAAAUGGGUAAUGAUGUUAUCUGCUGACUUUCUUACACUGUCAUUAAGACUUGAUCUCUGCUGACACUCUUAUCAUGAUGUAGUAAAACCAUAUCAUAAUAGAACCCAAAGGGCCAAGUUUUACUUACUUUUGCAUGUGUUAAAUUUGUCAGUGGUAACAUCAGUAAACAGUAUAGCCAACAGAAAUAUUGAUUCACAUACAGGUGAAUGUCUGUAUGUCUCCCUGUCUAGUUUAGAGUAUUUCUAAUCCCUUUCUUCAUACUAUUGUGAUUAUUAGAGUUUCAGUGCAGAGCUGCAUUCAUGGCCCUGAAUGAGUGCUUAAAGGUUAGAAAGGGAAAGAAGCAUCACCAAGACCAAGUAUUCACUGUUCUUGAGCGAGAAAACCCCAUUGAUGAGGAGAUAAGACGUUAUGUACAGCUUCAAGUAGUUGCUGUAGGUGAGUUGUUCGACAUGGACAAUCUGUACAUAGUUUGCGAAGGAAUGAUUCUUUGUGUAAUUCCUCACAAGAGAAUCAUCGAUGCUAUCCUGGCAUUGCUUGCUUCCUUUUAUAUUUUUAACAUGGAAUAUAAAGAAGGAAGCAACAUUCUGUCUUUCCUGGAGCAAGCUUUGCUAGGAAUUAGCAGAGGAAAGCCCCGGAUUACUGUUAGUGCAUUUUUUAAUUCAUUAACAAGUGCAUGAUUAGUAUAGGAAAUCCCAUGAUCUCAAGUACAAUUUGGAAAUUAAUAGACACUCGUAAU